AUUUAGAUUUAUUGCUUAUUUCAACUGAGAUUUCACAGUCUGAUAAUAAACAGUCAGAUAUUAGAGAUUGUUAUAAAACAUUCGAUAAUUAUGAAAAGACAGAUGAUAAGUAUUCAAGUAAUAAAUUAGUUGUUUCUAAAGAACAAGCAUUAAAGAAAAAACGAAAUCAUAAAAUGAAUUCAAAAACUAUUUUAGAAAAA